GCCCGAGGGAAACCAGCGCCGGGGCUGACAUGGGCCGCCAGCCCGGCUGCCCAGCGGAGCCCACCGAGGGGAGCGCACAGCCGCGCCAACCCCACUCCCGGGGCUCUGGGGACCAAGCCCUAUGAUCUCCGCGUCCUCCCCUGCUCCACCUGCCGGACUUGGACUUCAGCCCUGACCUCCGGAGGGUGCGCCUCCUUCCCACCGGCAAGAUGCCCAUCCUCAAGCAACUGGUGUCCAGCUCCAUGCACUCCAAGCGCCGCUCCCGCCUGGACCUCACGGCUGAGAUGAUCAGCGCUCCGCUGGGUGACUUCCGUCACACCAUGCACGUGGGCCGGGCUGGGGACGCCUUUGGGGACACGUCCUUCCUCAACAGCAAGAAAGGUGAGCCCGACGGAGAGUCGCUGGACGAACAGGCCUCCACGUCAUCUUCCAAACGCAGCCUCCUGUCCCGGAAGUUCCGGGGCAGCAAGCGGUCUCAGUCGGUGACCCGGGGGGACCGGGAGCAGAGAGACAUGCUGGGCUCCCUGCGCGAGUCGGCACUCUUUGUCAAGAACGCCAUGUCCCUGCCCCAGCUCAAUGAGAAGGAUGCCGCGGAGAAGGGCUCCAGCAAGCUGCCCAAGAGCCUGUCGUCCAGCCCCGUGAAGAAGCUGGGUGCUGGAGAGGGCAGCGGGGAGGAGGCGGGCGCGGGGGACCUGGGUCCCCGGCGGAACGGGGCAGUGGCUGCCUACCCCCCUGACCCCCUGCUCGACGAGCAGGCCUUCGGGGACCUGACGGAUCUGCCCGUGGUGCCCAAGGCCAACUACGGGCUGAAGCACGCCGAGUCCAUCCUGUCCUUCCACAUCGACCUGGGGCCCUCCAUGCUGGGCGACGUGCUCAGCAUCAUGGACAAAGAGGAGUGGGACCCGGAGGAGAACGGGGGUGGCUACCGUGAAGAAGGAGGCCUCAGGGGCAUCGCUGAGGGUCCCCCGGUGGCCGAGGCGGCCCCUCCCCUGGUGAGGCAGGACGGCAAGGGCGGCCCAGACUUGCCCCCACUGCCCUCCCACGCUCUGGAGGACGAGGGGUGGGCGGCGGCUGCCCCCAGCCCCAGCUCGGCCCGCAGCGUGGGCAGCCACACCACGAGGGACAGCAGCUCCCUCUCCAGCUGCACGUCGGGCGUCCUGGAGGAGCGCAGCCCCGCCAUCAGGGGCCCAGACAGGGCCCGGGUCACCCUCCCCAGGCAGCCCGACAAGGAGCUGUCCUUCAUGGACGAGGAGGAGGAGGAGGACGAGAUCCGAGUGUGAGCCUGUGGGCAGGUCGCUGCUCCUGGGAGCUCUGGGGCUGUGUUUCUCUCUGCCCCCUGCCCCCUCCCCACUAUGACCUUUGACCUUACCAUGCCGGGGGCAACCAAGAGCCUCCCGUGAGGCCGUAGACCCUGGACCUCGUGGAUGAGGGGCACUGGCCGAGCCCUCGAGGACUGGGGGCGAAGGAGGCCCGGGGCCCACCGGAGGGGCUUGCCUGGCUUUGCAACGAGACCCCGCAGCUGCAGAGGCCCGCUGUGUUCUUGUAGCAGGAGUCAUUUUUCCUCUCCGCCUCCCUUUCCUCUAGCCUCAAAUGGAUGCCAGAUGUCAACCUGAGUUCCUG